AGUUGCACUACAUUGGCGCGCUGUUUUGACGAAGAAAGAAAGCGGACAGGAGGAUCUAGAUCUGUUUUCGGCUCACUUCUGAAAGUGCAUUAAAAUGCUAUUUUCAAACUCUUCAAAAAGUAACAUACGUCGACGAUAUAUGUAUUACAUACUAGCUAGUUUGGUUUUGAUUUCUCGAUUAUUGUAAUCAAUUUAGUUGUACUUACUGAGCGUUAUGAAACAACUGGAGAUUGCGUGAGUUAAAAUAGAACGUCGCCAAUUGUUGUAUGUAAUGUUUAUAUACAGUGUUUGAAUUAAAUAAUAUCGUUGAGAAUGAGUACAUUACUACCACCAGCAUAAAUAUAUAUCUGUUAUAGUUGGUCGUAGUUGAAGAAUGAAGUUCUGUCAGCUGGUUUACAGAGUCAAGUGUGUGGACCCUGCGCGGCUGGUCACUGGGCGGUUUUCUCUCGUGGCCACUGGUUCUGUUUCUUGCAUUUCCACGUCUUGUCUCAGCAAUGCCAGUAAAAAGACUAGCCAGUACAGUACGGUGGACACAGAAAAGUACUCCUCACUCGUAAAAUCCGUAGUGUCCUUAAGAAUAAGCUCCCAGACCCCAGCCAGCCUCGAAGAGGAGGAUGGGCACAUUUAUGGUCCUGUUGUCAAAUCAAAACCCGCCACAAAACGUUCUCCGAAGACCCCCUUCCCGCUGGUGAACAGCAGAACGAUUUCAGACCGGAUUGACCUGAUGUCGGAAGCGGAGCGGGGACCCCCAAUUCGUAUCGCGCUGCAGAGGGGCGCGGGCAGAUCCACCACCCCGAGCGUGACGCGUAUUCUGCAGCAAACCAUGCCGCCCGACCAGGCGUUUUAUUUGGAGAGGUGGAAGAAGAGAAUGAUUGCCGAACUAGGAGAAGAAGGGUUCAAGGAGUACACUUUGAACAUUUUCCGGCAGGGAAAACAGUUCCACACAGCCUUGGAGACCAUUCUCAUGGCAGGGGAAGUUCCAGCAGAGGAUGCAGAGGCCUCGGAAGCUGUGGAAGGAUACUUGGAAAGCAUUCAGCAUGUGCUGCAGGACAUCAGCGACGUUCGGGCCAUUGAGAGUGCAGUUCAGCAUCAGUCGUUAGGCUACCUGGGCUUGGUAGACUGUGUGGCCCAAUUCAGGGGUAAACUUUGUGUGAUUGACUGGAAGACGUCGGAGAAACCCAAGCCCUUUCUUCACAGCACAUACGACAACCCCCUGCAAGUUGCCGCCUAUAUUGGGGCCUUAAACAAUGAUGACAAUUACAAGUACCAGGUGGAGAGAGGCUUGAUUGUCGUGGCCUACAAAGACGGCACGCCUGCUCACCCCCACGCCAUGACCUCUGACCUCUGUCAAGAUUACUGGACAAAAUGGCUGCUCCGGCUGGAGGAGUUUGUGGAAAAGAAGUCCACUGCCUCAGAGCUGUAAAAUGGGAUUCUAUGCAGGGAGCAAUCUUCUGACUUUCCGUUACUUUUGUAAACUGUUGUUUUCUCCAACAGAAGAUUCCCCAGACCACCUUGUGCGCGGUGUUUAUAUUGCAUUUUAUUUCUGUAUUAAUAAAAGAAAACAUAGUA